AUGGGUGCUGUGUCUGGACGUGCUGAGCCUGCGCGUGCUGAGUCUGGAGGUACUCUAGGUGUCCCGUCGCGGCGGGAGCCCCUCUCUCCACAGCGGCUUCGUGAGUGGUACUCUCGGCGCUGUCGGGUUGCUGCUGGGGGUGCUGCUUAUGCUGGAGCUGCUGGAGCUGCUGGAGGUGCUGGUGCUGCAAGAGGUGGUGCUGGUGCUGGAGCUGCUGGAGGUGCUGCUGGUGCUGGAGGUGCUACUGGAGCUACUGGAGGUGCUGGCGCUGCUGGAGGUGGUGCUGGUGCUGGAGCUGCUGGAGGUGCUGCUGGUGCUGGAGCUGUUGGAGGUGCUGGUGCUGCUGGAGGUGGUGCUGGUGCUGGAGCUGCUGGAGGUGGUGCUGGUGCUGGAGCUGUUGGAGCUGCUGGAGGUGCUGGUGCUACUAGAGGUGGUGCUGGUGCUGGAGCUGCUGGAGGUGCUGCUGGUGCUGGAGCUGCUGGAGGUGCUGCUGGUGCUGGAGGUGCUACUGGAGCUACUGGAGGUGCUGGCGCUGCUGGAGGUGGUGCUGGUGCUAGAGCUGCUGGAGGCGCUGUGCGGCCGCGGCCGUACUACGUUCCGCUCCUUCAGCAGGUUCUUGGCUCCCCGCCUCCUCCUGGUCCUCCUCCUCCUUUCCUGAGUCCACCGCUUGUCCAGUCCCAGUCGCAGUUGCAGCCGGCCUCUCCACUGCCUGGUCCUUCUCCUUACUCUGGUCCGACUAGAGGUCUUACGGAGCGUCGUGAGCCUGAGUCUCGUAUUGCGUCGCCUGUCCGUACUGUUCGCGCUGGUCGUGUUUCGCGUCCGCGUCUUCCUCCUGUCCCAGGCACUCACUCUAUGACACUGCGUCCUUCUACUGCUCCACAGCAUGUCUCUCUGCCCUCUCCUCCUGCGUCCUCUCUUCCUGACGGUCCGGACCCGGAGUCUGACUCCCUUCGUGCUGCUAGUCCUACUGUCACGCGCUUUCUGGCCACUGCUGUCACUGACCCUCUGUUUGAGUCCUCUGCUGCGUCUGCUCUCGUUGCUGAGCUUGUUGACUUUGCUGCAGCCUGUCGCCUAGACUACGCCGCUAGUCUUGUUGCUGAGUCUGCGUCUGUGUCUGUCUGUCCUCCGUCCGUCGGGGGUGAGUGUGCUCUUGGCACGGACGUCCUUGAGGACAGGCAGGAGGACCUUGAGUGCUUUGCCGCUGCUUCACCUCAUCUCGUGUCCAUGCUGCUUGCCCCUGAGGGAGACCCGGAUGCACUAGACAUCCCGACCCCACGCUCUUACGCAGAGGCGAUAGAGGGUCCCUACUCCUCUCAGUGGCAGGCAGCCAUGGACGCAGAGAUGGCUUCCUGGAAGUCCACAGGCACCUACGUAGACGAGGUUCCCCCACCUGGGGCGAACAUCGUCAGUGGCAUGUGGAUCUUCAGGGUGAAGCGGCCGCCGGGUUCUCCGCCUGCCUUCAAGGCGCGUUACGUUGCACGUGGCUUCAGUCAGCGACAGGGAGUUGACUUCUUUCAGACCUUCUCCCCUACCCCGAAGAUGACCACUCUUCGGGUACUGCUGCACGUUGCUGCUCAGCGUGACUACGAGCUCCACUCGCUUGACUUCAGCACAGCCUUCCUACAGGGCAGCCUGCACGAGGAGAUCUGGCUGCGCCGCCCACCUGGCUUCACUGGGUCGUUUCCUGCUGGUACCCAGUGGAGCCUCCGGCGGCCAGUCUACGGUCUCCGCCAGGCGCCCCGUGAGUGGCACGACACGCUCAGGACGACUCUUGCUGCUCUUGGUUUUGCUCCUUCCACUGCUGACCUUUCUCUGUUUCUACGCACUGACGCUACUCUGCCGCCGUUCUACGUUCUUGUGUACGUAGACGACCUUGUCUUUGCUACUGCUGACGACCGUGAAGUCGGAGCUGCAGAAGAGACACACGUGCACAGACCUGGGUGA